CAUAUUACAGAGGGAAAUACAGCAUAUUCCAAAAGUAAAAAAUAAUGUGGACAUUGAUGAAUUUUGUUUGGUAGAAGAAAGAGUAUCUGGAGAAUGGCAGAGAGGAAGAGUCAUGGAAAAGAAAAAUGAACUCUAUACAGUGCUCCUCAUAGAUCAUGGAGAAGAACUAAGAGUUGAUGGUACACAGGUUGCUUCAGCCUGUGGAAACUUAUUUGAGCUACCACCACGGGUAAUAGUUGGUAUUUUUGCCAACAUACUACCAAAUGGGGAAAGAUGGCCUCCUAAGGCUUUGAAUUAUUUCAAGUCAUUAGUAGGAUUACAAGUGAAAGGUUGUAUACAAGCUGUUUUGCCUCUUCAAAUGAUUCUUCUUGAAGUGCCAAAAAUUAUAUCCCAGGUUCUUGAACUACAAUUAGGCAGACUUAUUGACGGGGAUUCAUUUCGCCUUAUUGUGGAAAUGUUAAAAGAAUUCCCGAAGAAAAUGCCAGAUUUACUAAAACACAAAAGACCUGAUUUAUCAUUAAGUAAUAGUGAUACUUCACUUGAUAUUCAACACGUUUUGGCUAAUUUGCAACCAUCUUUGUCAGUAGGCAGGAUUGAAAGUAUAAAGGUAUCUUCUGCAUCGAGCCCAAGUAAAUUUUAUUGUCAACUAACUCAAUGGGUUCCAGAGUUAGAAAACUUAACAGUGUGUAUGACUUUGCAUUAUGAUACUGUCAGUCAAGAAAGUAGUCCCACGUGUGAUAACUUUGGACUACUUUGUGUUGCCAAAAGGAGAAAUGGACAGUGGCAUAGAGGAAUUCUUCAGCAGCUCUUGCCCAAUAAUCAAGUGAAAAUCUGGUUCAUGGAUUAUGGCAGUAGUGAGGCCAUACCCUCCAUCCAUGUAAAGAAACUUAAACAGGAUUUUAUUUUAGUACCACUAUUUUCAUUUCCAUGUUCUCUGACAUAUUUACACAGUCCAGAUAGAGAUGCCAGAAAAUCUCAACUGAGUGUAUUUAAACAAGCCUUGUUAGGACAAAUAGUAUAUGCACACAUUGAUUGGUUCAAUAAGGAUGAACAUCUGUAUUAUGUAACACUACGAAGCCAGGAGCCUACAAUCAAUUCUGAGGCUCUGCUGAAGACUGUAGGCACACGAGUACUCUGCCCAGUGUCUGAAUCAAAAUUCUCUAAUAUGUUUAAGGAGACGAGUGCUUCUGAUGUAAACAGCUUUGCAGUGGACUGUUUUACUGGAAAUACUGAACCAUCGAUAGACUCUCCAAAUAAAAACACUUUAAAAGUAGGUUUUCCUAUUAAAACUGUAGAGAUGGAGAUAGAGGCUGCCUAUAUAGCUUUUGUGGCCUAUGUAUUAAACCCAUCAAAUUUCUGGGUACGCACCAAUGAACAUCAGAAUGAACUUCAAGAUAUAAUGAAAAAUAUAAACAGAUCUUACGAUUUGUGUGAAAAUGAUGAACUGAUUCUAAGAAACCCAAAACCUGGAUUAUUUUGUUGUGCUAGAUACAGCAAGGACAGACGUUUUUAUAGAGCUGUAAUCACUGAAAUUAAUGGUUAUAAGAUCAAUGUUUAUUUUUUAGAUUAUGGAAAUACUGAUUCCAUACCAUUUUUUGAUGUAAAAAUUUUGCUUCCAGAGUUGUGUGAGUUGCCUGCCUUAGCCAUGUGCUGUUCACUCGCACAUGUAUUUCCUGUUGAAGAUUUAUGGGUGAAGGCAGCAAUUGACUAUUUUAAAAAAAUUGUCUUGAACAAAGCAAUUUUGCUUCAAGUUACAGCAAAAAAAGAUGACAAGUACAUUGUAAAUAUUCAGAGCAUUGAAGCCUCGGAAGAUACUGAUGUUGUCUCUCUUAUGUUACAAUCUGGAUAUGCAGAAUAUUGGGAAGUAGAACCAGAAUGUUAUCCCAUUUCUCUAAGUGAAUAUUCAGUGUUAAGUUUAAAACCUAAAAACAAAGUUAAUGUUAAAGUCCUAUCUUCCCUUCUUGAAGGACCUAAACCUAAGAAGUACCAUUCAAACAAGCUAAAAGAAAGUAGCUUGUCUUUGUUAAAGUCCCCAGCUGUUAAUUUCUCAGAUUUAAAAAAUCCUUUUACCUUGUCUGUGGGACCUGAGUCGCUACGACUUUAUAAAGAAUAUAUGUUUAAACCAGGAACAGUCCUUGAAGUCAAGUGUUGUUCUUAUUAUGGCCCAGGUGACUUUUCAUGCCAGCUUCAAUGUAAGUUAAAGGACCUAAAAUCACUAAUGGAACAAAUUCAGAGAUAUUACAGCAUUCAUUCUGAUCCUUAUCAGAUUGGGCAGAUUGCUUGUGUUGCUAAGUAUUCCAAAGAUGGGAAGUGGUAUAGAGCUGCUAUUUUGACUCAGGUAUCAAGAAAAGAAUUUGACGUAGCGUUUGUUGAUUAUGGUUACCAAGAAAGGGUAUUAGUUAAAGAUAUUUGUGCUAUUAACCCAUGUUUUCUUUCUUUAGAAGGCCAAGCCUUCAGAUGUAGUCUUAUCCAUUUAGUUGAACCCAUUAGUUGUAAAUUCCGUUGGACAAGAGAAGCAUGCAGAGACUUCGGGAAUUUUAUUUCUUCAUCAAGAGGAUUAGUGACUUGUGUCAUUUAUGCCUUAGUUCUCAUAUAUCCAAACUGUUUAUGUAAUUUAGUGGAUUUACAAUCUCCACUUACUAGUGCAAAAGAAUUUAUUAAUUAUGGCUCAGCACAGUAUAAUACAUUAUCAAAGCCAUUUCCAUGUUCAGUUAGUCUUUACAGUUACUAUUAUUCUUCCUUUAACAUAAAAAUUGGAAGUGAAGAAGAAAUAUACAUAUCUCACAUAUAUAGUCCUAAAAAGUUUUACUGCCAACUCAGUAGAAAUAAUAAAGACCUAGAGAUGAUAGAAACAAAAAUCAAAGAGAUUAGUAAGCUCAAAAAUUGUCCAAAAUAUGAUCCUAGUAAAAUGAGAUUGUGCAUAUCUAAGUAUGUGGAGGAUGGUCUCUCUUACCGAGCUUUAGCGAUGCCAACAGAUUCACUAACUGACUUUCUGGUCUAUUUUGUGGACUUUGGAAAUAAGCAGUUAGCAGAAGAAAGUACAUUGAGGGCUAUUUCAGAUCAGUUUCCAGAGUUGCUAUUUACACCUAUGCAAGCUAUUAAGUGUUUUUUGACAGAUCUUAGAGAUGUAGAUAUUCCAGCAGAAAUCUGUAGCUGGUUUGAAGAUAAUUUCUUGGGAAAACCGUUGAGGGCAAUAAUAUUGUCCAGGGAGUCAGAUGGCCAGCUUGGUGUAGAAUUGUAUAAUGGAUGUCAACAUAUAAAUCAGGAAAUUAAAAUGUUGCUUCAUGCUUAUGGAAAAAAACAUUGUGACCAAGCACAGUGUGUGGAAAAGUGUCCUAAAAUAAGCGAGAAUAAGAGACUUGCUGUUUCUUUGAAAGGCAAAAGAGAAAAUAACUAUCACCGUAAUAAGAUAAAUGAAACUAAUCUAGUAACAUACUCUGAAAGCAAAAUAGAUCAAUUAACAAAUCCUGGAAGUACAUACGGCAAGCUUUUGAAACCAUCAGUUUGUUAUAAAAUUGAACCUGUGUCAAAAAACAAAGUAAAAUCUUUGAAUGAUGGACUAAAAAAUAAAGGUGUAAAAAGUGUCUCUGGAUCUGCACAUACAGAAAAUGUCUCUGGAUCUGCACAUACAAAAAGUGUCCCUGGAUCUAAUGAAAAUGAUGUGGGCCACAAAUCAGUAAAGGUUGUAUCGCAGUCUUUUACCCGAGAACUAAAUCAAGCAGCCUCUCCAAACCCAUCUAAUUUUACUAGACCACAAAUCAAAGAUCUUCCUCAACCUCAAAUCUACUUGAAUGCCAAAGUUAAAGGAUAUGUUUCUAAUAUCAGUAAUCCAGCAAGUUUCCAUAUCCAGCUUGCGGAGAAUGAAAAUGUAAUCAUCAGACUAGCAGAUGCUCUAAAUGAAAGAAGAUUGAAUAUAGUGAAAGAGAGAAAAUCAGUGAAGCCCAUGGUGGGAGACCUUGUAGUUGCAGAAUACCCUGGUGACCAUGCCAUUUACAGAGCAGUUAUUAAGAAAAUUUUGCCAGGAAAUUCUUUUGAAGUGGAAUUUAUUGACUAUGGUAACAGUGCAGUAAUAAGCACAUCCAAAAUUUAUGAGUUUCAGAGGGAAUUCUUAACCAUUCCUCCGCUAGGAAUCCAUUCAUUUCUUAGUGGAGUUAAGUGGCAUGAGCCUGAUGAAAUAUGGGACAGUAAAACUGUGGAUUAUUUUGCAUCAAGAGUGAGUAACAGAACAGUUUCUUGUGAAUUUCUGAAAAAGCAUGGGCAGAAAUGGGAAGUCAACAUUGUUUGUGACAGAACAUGUGUCAUUAAUGAACUACUGAAAUGGACAGCCUGUUCAAAACUACAGAAAACAGUAUUGCAGAUGCCUGUGGCUGUCUCUCAAAAGGUGAGCUCUGGGGAGGAUAAUGAAAGGAAGAAAGGAGAGUCAAAGGAGUAUGAAGGUUCUGGGAUCCUUCAACCAUCCUGCCAACAGCUGGUUAAGAUUCCUUUUGAAGAGUUAAAACCUGGACAACUUGAAAAGUCUGAGAUACUUUAUGUCUCAAAAAGUGGGACAUUUUAUGUGAAGUUAUCCAAAAAUAAAAAAAUCUUGGCAGAUUUAACAGUACUAAUCACCAAAGAAGGACAGAAACCGUCUUUAUCAAUGGAAAACAUUGAAAAAGGUUUAGAGUGCUUGGCAAAAUCUAAAAAAACCUUGAAAUGGUAUCGAUCAAAAGUAGCAAAGUAUGUUGAUGAGAAAGUGCUUGUUUUUUUAGUAGAUCGUGGUAGGUAUGAAAUAGUGCCUUUAGGUAAUACCAAGGUGCUUAGUAAUGAAAUUGGAAAUAUUCCAAGACAAGCUGUGCCUUGUAAAUGGAUUUGGUUUGAAAAUUUUAGAAACUGGUCAUUUGAGUCCAUUGUGUCUUUGUUUGCUCAUUUGGACAUAAAUAGUCUUUUCCUGAAAUACUUAAACUCUGUGUGGAAAGUGGACAUUUUGGUAGAUGGCCUGUUACUUUUGGAAUACUUCAAUUUAAAUACGGUUCAUAUUGAAAACAAACUUAAAUCUUCAGAAUCUAUUUUUAAUGUGGAAUCUAAGACUCCUGUGUCAUCAUGUACAAUAAGAUCAUAUACUUGGGCCCAAAUCCAAAAUGGAAAGCAAUAUUCUGGUAUUGCCACUGCCGUUUGUGAUCCGUCAGAUUUCUGUGUUCAGUUAGAAGACUUCUUCGACACAAUGAAAUCGCUCUUUGUGUUGCUGUCUGAUCUACCAGAAAACUUGCAAAGAGUGCCUCAAGAAGGCCUAACUCCUGGUGCUAGUUGUUUGUUCAAAUACGAUUUGGAAGAUCAGUGGAAUAGAGUAGAAAUCUCUGAAGUCUCUAAUCAGUCCUUAUUACUUGUGUUGAUCGACUAUGGAUUUUCUGUUUACAUACCUUAUUCAGACAUAAAAAAUCUGAAAGUUGUUCCUGUCGAACUUUUGGAUAUACCAAGGUUAAGUUUUCCUUGUAUCUUACAUGGUAUCUUACCCGCUAAAGGGAAACACUGGAAUGAAGAAGUGAAAAGUUUCUUUCAAGAUUUCCUAAGUAAACCAGGCUUAGUUUUUCAGUUUAGGAAGCAUAAUUUUGAAACAAAACUGGAAGUAGAUGUCAUUCAUGAGAAAAACAAUUUGGCAGAUAUGUUAGUUGCAUCUGGUCUUGCAGUGUAUUCUAAAGGUUCAGAUUCUCUUAAAGAUGGGGUUACUACUACUGGAUCUACAAAAAUCCAGUAUCAAUUACAGAGUAAGCCUGUCUUCCCAUUGUUAGAUCAAAAUUGUUACAAAAGAGAAAAUAUAAGUUGUACAUGCACUGAGAAACAAAAGCUGAAAGAGAAAAUUGUAAAGAGGAAAGAGGUCUAUAAGAACCUCUUAAGGAAAAGCCAUAUCAGUAAAAGAUUAUAUUCUAGAAAUGUAACUCUGAGGAAGAAGGCUGACAUCGGAAAACAUAAUCCCCUAAGUAUUGUUACAUUUGAUACGUGUUCAGUAGCCUCAUUUUGGAAACUAACUAAUUACUUAAAGACCAACACCAACUGCAAAGAAAACAGUUUUGAAAAACUACCAGCUGAAGAAGUACAGGAAAAUAACACAAUGGAUUUAAGAAUAGCAGUAAAAGCAUUGCAUGCUAAUGAAAAAAUUGUAUCAGAGGAACACUUACAUGUGCAGGGAGAUGAAAGCUCAGAUCCUUUAUGCAUCAGUUUGGCAACAAAUAAUACAUAGGAUACCCAGUAAUUAUUGUUUUGUUUUAGAUGCUCCAAAUAUAUAAUAAAAGUGGUCUUCGGAUCAAGAGGAACUGUACCUGAGGAACAACUACUGGGGAGCCUAGUCUACGCUUGCACCUGAUUUAGAUGAUGAGGUCUGAGACUGUUCUGAUGCCAUCAUGGAUUGGGACUUCGGAAGUCUUGCGGGAAAGGGUGUAGUGAAUCCUGCACAUGGGAAUGAUGUGAAUUGGAGCCGGAGGGCAUACUGUUACACUUCAUUAUCCAAAGAUUGUCACAGUAAUAUUUAAGCUUUCAUCCACUGUGACUUUGCUAUUCCCCCUCAAGAAGGGGAGUAUAAUUACCCUUCCUUUGGAAGUGGAUAGGCUUAUGAGUGCUUUGACCAAAACAUAGAGUAGAAGUCCUGCCACGUGAUCUUACAAGGUUAGUUCACAAACAGUCAUGUAGCUUUUACCUUAUUUUCUGGAACACUUGGACCAUCAUGCAAGAAGUCCAGAUACCGCAUCGAGGUUGUGAGGAAUCCCAGGCCACAUGGGGAGGCCAUGUGUAAGGACUCUUGUCAACAGUUCCAGACCCCAGCCAUCUGAGUUUUCCUUGCUGAAGCCAUGGGUAUUGAUUGUACAGAAACAAGCCAACUCCGUCAUGUUCAUCAUAUCCAACUUCCUAAGCUACAUGAUCCACAAACUUAAUAAAAUAGUUAUUUUAUACUGAGCCUUGAGGUAGUAAGUGGACAGCGGGAUAACUUCUAAACCACUUAUAAAGAAUCAUUAGACUUUUGGUGUAUAGCGAGAGUAAAAAGGCUUGGUAAUGAGUAAAGUAUGAGUUUCAGUGAA